AUGCCAUAUUACACAGACACUAUUGUAAGAAUUAAGUGUGUUCGCAAGACUGAAAAGAAUGAUAGUAAUUUAAUCAUAGUAUGGGCUAUUGGCACUUAUCCAGUAGAACGGGAUGAUAAUGAGAUUGAAAUGGUCUUGUUCGUUCUUAUUAAUUUUGGUGAUAGAGAUUCCGAAAUCCAAGCUGUUUUUGAUAAGGAUGGUUUUUAUUCUGUCGGUGAUAAAAUCAUGACAGUUUUUGUUUCUACUGGUUUGACCAUCCUCAACAAUGCCGUUAAUUCGAAUAAAUACCUACUAAAAGUUUCUUUUGUGGGAGUACCUCAAGAAUCACAAUGGGUGAUAGGAAAUGACGAGAAUACCGUUUUGAGUGUUUUUAAUAGUGAUUAUGUUGAUCAAGAUUUUAAUUUUAUUGUCAAAAUUGUAUUCCAGCAUCUUAAUUCUUGGUUUGCACACUUAAAGAGCACAAUUCAUCUACAAGAUUCAUUUAUUUUUGUUGUGGGUCAAAUGGAAGUUAUUGAUAAUGAUUUUUACGUUUAUGCAAAGGAUAUCAAUUUUAUCAAUACUCAGUCUUUGUUUAGGCAAAAGAGUUUUGAUAGUAGUUUGCAUAAUUUGUCCGAAGGAACUACAGAAGUUUUAGACAAUUUUAUAAACGAUAAUAAUGUGUCUUCUUCGAAACAUAUAAAAGUUGAGCCUGUUGAUAAUAUCGAAGGGAGCAAUUUACAAAUUGAUGCUAGUGGUGAUGUUCAGUGUAAUGAAACUGAGGUGGUGGUAAAAAAAAGGAAACGUAAGAGAAAUGUUCUUGGUGAUAAUGGAAAAAGUUCUAGAGGUCGAUCCUUACGUAGUACUUCAAGACCUGAUAUUGAGGGUAAAAGGGAAUAA